UCUGUUGUGUUCUCUGCUGCUGUGCGGCUGGAUGUUUUGUGUGGCUCUGUAGCUGUACUAAUUUUAUAUAAUCAUGUUAUGUUGAGUUUGUUGACAAAGUUUGGAUGUAGAAAAGCUUUUUCAGCAGCUUUGAACAUGUUGCCAGGAUCAUUGAUGCUCUUUAAACCAGAAGUCCAACAACAUCUGCAGAACGAUUUUUGUAAUAAUAAGGUUAUCAAGCUUUAUGGAGAGUUGGAAUGCAAGCAAAGGUUUGAAAACUUGCUGUCGAACUUACAGUGCCCCCCAUCUGUGACUGUAGUUCGCGUAAAUACUCUUCACUUUUCUGUCUCCGAAGUAAAAGAUUUAUUAGCGCAUAUACUAAAGGAGCAAUAUAAGAAUAAAAGUUAUUCAACACCUGUAGUCAAUGAGCAUCCCCUUAUUCCUGAUGUUCUUCUUAUACCAAGUAGUUGUGGAAAUGUUGCCUUGUCACCGGUGUGUAAGGAGAUCAUUGUUGAUCUAGUGUGUGCAACAGCCGUCAUGAGGGGAGCAGAUAUAUUUGCUGCUGGGGUUAUGGGUGCUGAUCCAAGCAUUCUUAAGGGAGAUACUGUUGCAGUUUAUGCAGACUUGGAUGACAAAUGUCGACGUGGGUCUACCAAGCUUUACCAAGGGGCAAAAGUUUUCAUUGGUAAUGGUACUGCACUUAUGAGCCGAGCUGAUGUGUUUGUAGAGGCCAAAAGUGGUACUGCAAUACAGAUGUCGGAAGCUAUACAUGAUUGUCCAUCAUUAAAUGGUGUUUUACCAAAACACAUGUUCCUUCAAAACCUACCUUCUGUUGUAGUCAGCCAUGUUUUGAAUCCACAACCAGGGGACACAGUUCUAGAUAUGUGUGCUGCACCAGGGGGUAAGACUGUCCAUAUAGCGACUUUGAUGAAAGAUAAUGGUGUAGUAUAUGCUUUGGAGAAGUCUUCGAGGAAAAUAAGCAAGAUCAAAGAUAAUGUGGACCGAUUCGGUUUGACUUGUGUCAAGAUAUUUGCUUUUGAUAGCACCAGGGCUUGUGGUGACAAUUGUGGUCCUGAAGCUGGCCAUGAUAAGCCGCCAUUUCCUCCUGGAUCUUUUGAUCGAAUCCUUCUUGAUACACCUUGCAGUGCUUUAGGUCAGCGACCAAUACUACAUAGCAAAUUCACCCUUCAAGAACUCAAGUCUUAUCCAACUUAUCAGCGUAAACUAUUCAGCGUGGCUGUAAAACUGUUAAAAAGCAAUGGGAUAUUAGUGUAUAGCACAUGCACCUUGACCAUUGGAGAAAAUGAAGAAGUAGUAGAAUGGGCUCUGAAAACUUACCCCAAUCUAACGCUAGAAAAACAGGCACCAUCAGUCUUCGGCACUGGAAUGCCUGGAACCUCAUUGGAAUAUUCACAGUUGGAGAGACUGCAGCGAUGCAAUCCAGCAUAUGUUCCGGAAGAAUUUAAAGACAGAAAUGCAGACAAUGAUACAAUAGGCUUUUUUAUAGCAAUGUUCAGAAAAAGUUGAUGAUACAGUAACACAGUAUGCAGAAAAUAUAUAGCCAGAAGUCUCAAGUCUCUUGCAGGUCUCAGGGAUCUCAGGAAUUGGGCAGCUUUCAUCACUCCUGCAAGUAAGCAAAAUCCACAGGAAAUUCAUCGCAAAUUUAUUAGAGCGCUUAUUUGAUUUUCAGUGCAAAAUUCUGUGUUGUGCGCACAAAGAAAAUAUAACUUAUGUACUACACCAUCAUAUUGAAAACAAUAUUUUUAUGCUUCAUUUUUUUUGGAGUGGAUUGCUUUAAGCAGUGUACAUUAUAUGAAGUGUUAAUGCUUAGCCAGCUACUGUAUCAUCGUGACAGAAAUGUUCCAUAAUAAUUAACCAUUCCUUUAAAGCCCCAACCCUUGUGAUAUUGUCCAACAAAAAAAAAGACAGCGUAAAAUAUACGUAAACAUGUGCGUUUGUGGUACAAGCAUGUAUUUUUGGCGCUGUCUCUGAUUUGUCAGUUUUUAAGUUUGAUUGAGGCCUUUCUAAACGUUAGCUGGCACUUUAACUUCUGAUACAAAUUUCUAGUGCAUAAUUUUUUUAUUUUUCUUAUGUUCUUUUAAGCCGGGCACGACGACUGUCGCACGACAAAUCCAACUCAGUUCUCUGUGAUCGAUAGACGAUGUGACGCCGCCUGCUGAUUGUCGGUGGCAGUCUGAACGGAUUGUUCAUUAAAAGUGAUUUGUUGCGUGCGCGUCGUUGCUUUGCGUUCUUCCUAGAAUCGCGUCGGCCGAUGACUCGGCUUUGAUAUAUGUUCUUUGGUAUUAGCUAAGACUGUUUUAUAGCUUAUUUUGGUAAUGCCAUCUUUCAAGUAGUUAAGACUAUAAGUAUCUGUUUAAUACUGUUCUACAACAAUUCACCCAUCUCAAAUCCUUUAAAAAAAAUUGUUCGAUUGUAACAUGAUAUUGUUGCACCCAACAGAAGUUGGCUUAAGCCCCUCUCCCACUAGGGUUUUUUCAGCAUACGGGUUAGAGGAGUUUGCCGAGUUGCUAACUCGGCAUAAAUUCGUAGGACUAUUCAGGAAACUCGGGGAGAACUCGUACCUACUCGUAGCAGCUCUGAUCUCGUGGCGCUAAUUUUGAACAUGUUCAAAAUUAGUGCUAUGAGUUGACAACUCAUAGUAAACUCGAAGGACUCGUAGCUAACUCGUAGAGUACUUAAGGUACUCUUACCUAACUUGUACAUUACUUGGGAUACUCGCAGUUUUGUAAUCCAUGACUUUGAUGCAAGCACCCCGAAACGAGUAGGGUUUAAACGACAUUUACACUAGACAUGAUUACGACACGACGACAUAUCAUCCCUUAGUUUGUAUUCUUCAGCACUGCACGCAUAUGUUUCGUGUCGUUGGUCAUAAUCAUGUCUAGUGUAAAUGAGACUUUAAGUACGAGCGCACCGAGUAGGUUACGAUCAGCAGGAACAUUUAAUCGGAAUGCUCAUACCUAACUCUUAUCUAAUUGGUACAAACUUGUUAUGCUCAUAAUAAUCUCGUAAAGCUUGUAGUAAACUCGGUGCUUCGCUCUACAUAAUUCGUACAUAACUUGUAACUUACUCCGUAAGGUGGUACCUCACUUGUAGCUAACAUGUAGUAAGCUUGUAUAGAGGUCCUUUCCCAAGCGAAUUAAAUCACAAGUUUCACAAGUUUUUACUUGGAGAAGUCAUGCGACUCUUGGAUUAAAUCAAAGUAGGUGGGUUAGGGGCUUUACUAAAGUAAUGUUCAAUUUGUUUGGUUUUUAAAAAUAGUUUUGUAAUGUAGCAAAGGAGCAUGACUGCUGAACUGUGUUCAACAAUACCAAAUAACUAUCAAUAUUUUCCUUUAAGAAGUUUCAUUUUAAAUAAGUUUUAUAUUCAUUUUUUUCUAUACAAAAAAAAAUAGAACUAUUGUAAUGUAAAGUAUAUGACAGAAUACGAAAUAAAAAUAUGAAAAAGUUAA